AUGAGCUACGGUGGUGCAUACGUCAACCGUGGUUACGACUAUCAUCAAAGAAGGGACCGCAUUAAUGAAGAUGAAGUUCCUGAAUCCAAGCAUACCAUAUUCAUUCGUGGUUUGCCUGGUGACAUGUCAACAGACGAGAUCAGGGAGUAUUUCGAAGACAGAAUUGGGCCAGUUUCUUUCGAUUUUGUUAAAACUAGUGCUGACCAGCAGCGCCUGUUCGUUGCUGUCCGCUUCGAAACAAGAGAUGAUGCAAAGGAAGCAAUGAGCAAGUAUAGUGACAGUGAUUUGAUGGGUCAUCGGUGUGAACUAAGCUGGUUCAAAGACAUUCGUAGAUAUGCGCAGUAUCAAAGUAUGAACCAGAACAGACGAGGACGGCCCGUUUAUCGAAAUCGAUCCUAUCAACAGAGUGCUGGCAGAGGAAGCGGUCGAGAAUCGUACAAAAGAAGGCACUCGGAUCGUGAUGAUGACAGGAGCAGAUCGAGGUCGAGAGAUCGAGCCCGAUCAUCUAGUGAUAGUCGUUCUCCGAGUGCGAGGUCGGCGAACUCCUCGCGUAGUCGUUCGCGCAGUAGUGACCAUGGAGUAAAUGAUGAACGUGACCGGCGGUCUCCAUCCAAUGACACGAACUCUGAUCGUGACAAGGACAAGGACAACGAUGGAGAUCCUGAGAAAAAACGUGCUAAAAAGGACAGAAAGCACAGAAAGUCAAAGAAGAAGCGGAGCAGAACCGCAUCUCAUAGCUCUUCAGGAGGACAUUCUUCAACGCCAGAACGUGCAAUAUUUGGACGACACGCUCCCGCUGGGUCUCCAGUCUCGCCGAAUCAAGAGGAAGCAUCAGCUGCUCCGAACGAUGCUCCUACGGAAAGUGCAGACGCAGAACCUCCAUUUCCUCCUCCGUUGGCUCCUGUCACAAGUGCUCCAGUCCGCUUUCCUAUUCGCAUCAAUACUCCAGCUAAUGUCAUCAGCAAUACCAGUUUCACUAUUGGUAUUGAAUCAGAUGAACUGCCACGUCGUGUUCUUCGGAUGUCUCCAUCAGCUCCUGUUGUAACACCUCCAUCAGUUGCAGCUCAGGAGGAAGAAACACUGCUUCAAGAAGCACAAGAUGCCAAACCUAAUGUUAUGGCAGCAAUUGGUCUACCACCACCACCCUGUCCACCGCUGUUCAACUCUGAAAAGAAAUCAAAUGAGUCCGGCAAGCUGGGGAUGCAGACUGAAAGGGUUCGUAAUCAUUUGGAUGAAUCUCCUUCGAAGACUGCUGCAAUGCAAUAUACUACAGAACCUACCCCAUCCAGGCCUUCGCAGAAUGAUGUGUCAUCCAAGGGGCUAACAUCGCGUUUCCCAACCAGUUCUCGGUUCUUUGCACAAUUUAAAGAAAUUCAAGCUAAUUUAAUAAAAACUGUGAAGGCGGAACCGAAACAAGAUGAAGGUACACUACGACUGAGCAGCUUAGCGAUGCAUCAACAAGACAGUGAGGAGGAAAAACGUACAGUCAGGGAGGAACGGCUCACUAAACUGAAUGAGAUAUCCCUUGAAAGAUUUUUAGUCAGGAAGAAGAAGCUAGAAGAGGUUAUUUUUCGUAAAUCCUGUUUUCUUGGUUCAUUUAAAAGCAGUUCGCCAUGUUGGCAUAUGAAGGAGUUAUUUAUCAAAGUUUUCCGAGGUGACUGUCAAACAUAUGCGUUCGUGGCUAAAAAACUUAUCGAGAAGGAUCCGUCGCUUGAACAAUCAAUUCGCAUUGCUUUGAUUGAAAAUAUGGAAGAUCUUGAAAAGCAGGUUUAUGACCAGGUUGAUGCGUAUCUCGAUACAAUAUGUGAUUAG